GUUCAAUGUGUUGGCCCAUAAGAUGAUUAUACCUGAGAUGCUGAAAUUUGAGACUUGAUGAUUUUCAUUACAUGUUUCCAUAUUUCUUGGAAUAUUGGGAAAUAGUGAGCUCUUUAAUUCAUUCAAUGGAAUAUAGGAUAUAGGAUUCAGAUAAAUUUGAUCAUUGAAAUAUUUUUUUUUUUAAAUGUUUGAUUAGAUUAAUUGUUGGUCCAGUUAGUUUUGAAGGACUUACAAUGAUACAAUCAUGAUCAUAAUUUCAUGAGCAUCAUUAAUUGAAGUCAUUGACUUUCAAAAUUGAUUAUCAUUUUUCCUACCUUCAAUAUCUAGGCUAGUCUACUGUUCGUUCUGUAUAAACUUAAAGGCUGAGAGAAAAGAUGGUUAGAAAAUAAUACUAUUGAGGAAUUACUGGUGCAAUAUGGACAUUUAUUUGAUAGAAGUAGUAAAAUUCUUAUCUAUGACGCAUUUUUUGUUCUUUUGUUCUUUGGUUUUGGCAGCAUCUCUGAGGAGUUGCUACUGUGGGAUCUUGAAUCCAAUGGUUCAGGUUCAAGUCAUCAAUUUCUUGUAUUUCAUGCCAUGGCUAUAAUGGUGUCAUUAAACAACAGGUCACAAGUAUCAUUGAAAUUGUCUCUGAAUUCAAUCAAGCAAACAAUACAAAGGAAAUUUAAGAAAUAAUUUUACUGAAUAAAUCUGGUUCACAAAUGGUUGUGCCCUGGGUCUGUUACUGGUCAAAGCUUUUGUUUGACAUGUUUUUAUUCAUUUCUAUAGAAUAAUUACUGAUAAUCUGUUUAAUAGUUUUCAAACUAAUUGUCAUUUUUAGUAGUUUGAAUAUAUAGGGCAGAUUAUUUUUUAUUAGAGGUUACAUGUAUCGUGUAUUUGUUUAGACACUCAAUAGGACUUUUGGCGAUGGAUUUUUUAAAGGGAUGGGGCUGGAGAAGCCAGGCUGAUAAAUUUUUUUUGAAGAUGGUUAAUAAUAGCAACAACUGCUGGAUUUCAGAACCACAGCAUUGCCCAUUAUUGGAUGUAAAAUGAGAGAAUCCAUUUGCUUUAUUUGGCUUCUCCUUCAGUUCAGCUUUUCCCUUUCGUUUUUUUUUUUUAUCUAUUCUAUCAAUGUAUAGUGCUAUUGGUAGACAUUUUGUUUUCCUUUAUGUUUUUCUGUGUAUUUUCUUUCUUAUAUUUAUGUGUUAGUAGUGUUGUCGCCCUCCUUUUUCUACUUCUUUUUUCCCUUUUUAAUCAAAAGAAUGGAACAGAAAGCUUGUCAAAAUAAAUUCUUCAUGAAAAUUUUUAUGACAAAAAUCUAUUAAAUGAUUCCAUUUCCCAUGAAAGACUGACAUAGCCUUUGUUUAUAUCCAUGUAAAGACAACAUCAAAACCUGUCACAUGAUUUAUGUUUUCAGGUGGGAUGUAGGAUGCAGAGCAUUCUAAUGUGUCAAGACACUCACGAUUCAUAACUUUCCUAGGUCAGAUUGUAUUCUGCAAACAGACAUUGGACUAUCCUCCAAAUUCAAUUAGAGUCUGUAAAUCAAGAAUCCAACCAUGCAAACAGCAUCAUAUAGCCAUCCUUUAUUCUAUAUCACUUGCAGAAACUUCUCAAAUGUGAAGACUAGUUCAUUAAGCUUUCAUGCAUCAAAUCAUUCUCAACUUUUUCCCGAAUGUGCAUUCAAUAGGAGAACACAGAAUCAUGCAUUUCCCACUCCUUUGAAACAGAGCAGGCUGUUGGUUCUUCCAAACACAAGCGAUGGCUACCCAUCUGCUUCUGGAACAGAUGCUGAAAUAAACUCAAACCAUGCUCCUAAUGGAAGAUCAGACACAAUUCUCAGCAAUUGGUCUCCUCCAAGGUACUUGUGGAGGGGAUUAUCAGUUCCUAUCAUUACAGGACAGGUAAUCAUGAAGAUUUUAAAGGGAAAGAUUCAUUGGGUGAAUACUCUUCAACAAUUGGAGAGAGUUGGUCCGAAAUCAGUUGGGGUCUGUCUCUUAACUUCUGCAUUUGUUGGCAUGGCAUUUGCAGUACAAUUUGUUAGAGAAUUCACUAGGUUAGGAUUAAACAGAUCAGUUGGUGGUGUUUUAGCUCUGGCUUUCUCAAGGGAGCUAAGUCCAGUAAUUACAUCAAUUGUGGUUGCUGGUCGAAUCGGAAGUGCUUUCGCAGCAGAAUUAGGCACCAUGCAGGUUUCUGAACAAACUGACACAUUGAGAGUUCUUGGUUCUGACCCUGUUGAUUACCUGAUAACUCCAAGAGUGGUUGCCACAUGUAUUGCCCUACCUCUUUUGACUCUAUUAUGUUUUACACUAGGAUUGGCCUCUAGUUGCGUCCUUGCUGAAGGUGUUUAUGGUGUGAGCAUUAACAUUAUCAUGGAUUCUGCUCGGAAAGCUCUCAGAUCAUGGGAUAUCAUUAGUGCAAUGAUCAAGUCGCAAGUUUUUGGUGCCAUCAUAUCGAUAGUGAGUUGUGCAUGGGGAGUCACCACUUUAGGUGGUGCUAAAGGUGUUGGAGAAUCAACAACAUCAGCUGUGGUUAUCUCUCUUGUAGGCAUAUUUAUUGCUGAUUUUGCUCUUUCUUGUUUCUUCUUCCAAGGAGUAGGAGAUCAGCUAAAGAAUUGCAUAUAAGUUGUUAUCGGUAUGCCUGCAACUCUGCACUUCUUGUUAUUAUUAUUAUUAUUUUUUUUUGGGUCUGUUGCGACUUUGCUUACUUAUACAAAGUGAAUCUUCUAUUCAAUUCGCCUGCUA